AUGAGUAUUAAAGUUAGAUUUUGGCGUUUCGUUAAGCGUAAUGUCGGACAUCUGAAUUGUAAUGGAGGUGAUCCCACUUCGCUAGCAGAUAACCAACAAAAUUCAACUGGCAGGGUGACAUCCAGAAGAUUAACAAAAAUGGUCGUCUGUCUACUCCCCAUGCCACUCCUUGUUUUACUAUUCUCCACCGCGAAGGACCAAAGUGCGAUCACGCAAAUUUCUCACACCGCUAAAAUUCUUUGCGUCAACAGCAAGUUGGCUGUUGAUCCACCAAUAGCCGAUGGCCUAAUAAUGCAAAAGGAUGUACGUGCCAGCGAAUGGAAAACUUUCAACAGUACAUCACAGAAAGGAUUGACGGAUCAACGUAUAUUUUUUCACGAAACGAGCGGUACCAACGAACUCAAUUUCCGCCAGUGUUGCGCUGUGGAAUCGGCUGCUAAAAACAAUCCCGAUCGACCUGUUCAACUCUUUCUUCGACCGCUAUUCAUCUCUUGUCAUGAACAUUUGUCAAGUCAUCCAUCGGACUUUUUCCAUAAACCUCUAUGGUUAGAUAUUCUUUCCAACUACCCGAACAUCGAGGCUAUUUUACUCAACGAAGAUUAUUACUUCGCUGGAACACCGUUGCAGAGUUGGUAUAAUGCUGGCAAAUGGCGUAAAACUGAACAUGAAACAGUUCACUUCUCUGAUUACAUUCGGUUUCUUACUAUGCACAAAGGAGGUGGUUUGUAUUUGGACAUGGACGUGUUAACCUUGAGACCUUUUCAAGGUGAUAAAUUUCGUAAUUUCUUGUCUUACGACGGUGUCGCCAUGAAAGCCGUAAGUAGUAGUGUGAUGCAUCUGGAAGUGGGCCAUUGGUUAGCUACGGGAAUGAUGCGAUUGCUAGCUGAAGAAUACGACCCUCUUGAUUUAGGGUUUCACGGAUCUCAGGCUGUUGGUUCGUUGAUGCAUUCCUCGUGCGCAUUAGUACGAGGCAAUCCGGAAUCCAACACUUGCAAAGACAUCCACCUGCUGCCAUCUAAUUUCUUUUUGCCCUUUGGGAAGAUGUUCGCUGAAAAGGUGAACAAUUGGAGGGCCAAGUCUUUAAAGGGAUCGGGCGUUUUAACUAAACUGAAAAACAGCUAUGGCGUUCAUACGUGGAAGUCCGUCGGAAAUAAUCCUGCAGACCUCUCAAAUAACCCUAGCGUUUUCGGUGCCCUGGCGCAAAUCCAUUGUCCAAUAUCAGUGGCCAGGGCCUCUGAAUUUCAAAAUUAAUUCUUGACCUUGGCAACAAUCCGCUAGAAGGGCUUCAUUUACAGCUGAUUUUGCUCGAGGCUCUUACAGUUUCAUAGCAACUAACCACCGUCCAACUGCUGUCAUGUAUUGUAUCCAGUAGUCGGUUGUUAUUCAUCAUGCCAACCAUUCCCGUCAAAUUUCGGUUGAAAUACAAAUUUGUAAAUGCCACAAAGAUAA